AUGCGACUACUUUCGGUUUCCUGCCUGCUCAUCGCAAUUCUUUGGCUGGCCCUCUUCGAUGGCUCGAAUGCCGAAUGCUGCAACGUGGUGGGGAAACUGGAGUUCAUAGUAAUUGGAGGCACCUGCGGACAGGUGAAUGCCAAAAAGACCCGAAAUGGUUGUUCCCUCACCAUUUGCGCCAAUGGAAUGCCGUUGGUGGGCACCUUUUGCGGCGUGGGCUCUUGCAACGUCUUCGGCUGCUGGUGUCGCGGUGGCUGCCACAAGGGAAACUAUGCCGAGAGCUUCCUGCAAAGAAAUGGUCACUUAAACAUUCAAAUUAUUAGCACUAAACUGGUGGUGAAACACUGGUGACAGGCCAGGACUGGUGACAAAAUAUUAAACUUUCUGGAUCAUCUUCUUGAAUCGUCUAUAAAGCUUUCUAGAAAAUAUAAUAAAAAGCAUUUAUACAUCUGCAUUUAAAUAAUAAUUUAUCCAAAGACAUAAAACGAGAUUGCCAAAACGCUUGUAGAAUAGAUUUAUUAUUGAAAACUAAAGUUAAACUACAUUAGUAUUGUUUUAAUGAUAAAAGCCCUUGGUGAUAUACUCUGCAAUACAUUAAAUUCCCGUCUGACAAUCAAACGAUAACAAACAAGUUGUUUUGGUGAGUAAAGAUCAAGUUGUAAUCAAUGUAAACUAAUAAAUUUCCCCUGUGACCAACA